AUGCAGUGGACAUAUUUAUUUCUCAUUUUACUUCUUAUUUCACAGACACUUUCAAACCCUCAAAAUAAAAUCAACGAUGGUAUGCAUAGCAGAAAUGGCUCCAUAAAUAUAGGUGGGAAAGAUAACAACCAUAAAGGUAAUGGCGCUACUGAUGACGAGGAUUCUGAUGAUGACAGUGAAGGCGGAGAAAACGGUGUUCCUAAAAAAGAUGUAUAUGACGUUCAAGCUUAUAGAAUAGAAGACCAUUUGAAAGGUAAUAUCUUCACAGAUACCGAGUCCUAUAAACCAGCUAAAACAAACAGAAGAGGAGGUAAAAAAACAAAGAAGCCCAUAUCAAAUAAGAAUGCAUACAAAGUAGAUAAACCAGAAGAUGGCAAAGAUCAUGACAAGGAUGAUGACUCUAGCUAUGCGUAUAAACCUAAAAAGCGCAAGCAAUCAAAGAAGCCAAGACGUAAAGAAAAAGAUUAUGAUACAGCAAACAAUUAUGCCGAGUCAUACAAUGAUGAUUAUGAAUAUGAUUAUAAACCAAAGGAAUACACUUAUGAACCGAAUGAUAAUUAUGAGAAUAAUGACAACGAUGAGCGUCCACGCGGAUAUAAAAGUAAAAAGUCGAAGAAAAUUAGUAAAAAAAGAAGGGGAAAAAGAAGAGAACAAGACGAUUUAGAAUCGAAAUACUCUAGAACAAACGAUUAUGAUGAUGAAGAGGAGGAGGGUGAUGAUGGUGAUUACAAACCAAGGAAACGGCGCAGAAGUCCUUCAAGGAAAACUAGAAGGACAAAGAAAAAGUAUACACCAGAUUAUAGUUACACUUAUGAUGAGUAUACUGAUCGUGACAAUAAUGACAACCCCGAUGCAAAUAACCAGAGCGAUAAAGAUGACGGUACGUAUGAUGGUUCCAGCGGCGACGAAGCUGAAUAG